AUGGCCAACACCCUCCCUGCGGUCGCGGUUGAGGUGGUGGAGGAUGCAGAGGCCGGCCUGGCCGUCGUGGUGUCGGCAGCGCCGCUGGCGGCGGUGACAGCAGCCGUUGUCGAAGCCGAGGUGCUGGCCCGUCAGCCGGUCGAGGCCGUCCAUCCGUGUGCCUCUCCGGCAGACGCGCGGGCAGUGUUUGCCAAGGUCUGUGCUGAUGUCUUUGCAGAAGGCAUGGUCCCAUGUCUGGAUCCGGUCUCGCCGCUCCUCGGCUCGUCUCGCCUGGCGGCCCGACCGGCCUCUCGGGCCGCUCUCCGCAGGGCGGGCUACCACGGCCUUGACGCCGCGCUGUAUCCAUCGCUUGUUACUGAUGUCGAGUAUACUCUCCCGUCGCUGCGAGAGCUGGGGUACUCUAAACUGGGAGCAAUUUCAUCGGCGCUAGCCCGCCUCGCCUCUGCGCCGUCGGCUGAUAUCCAAGAUCUUGCCUCCGAGUACACCGCGGCAUGGGACGGCCGCGCGGUCAUGGCGCAUGUCGUGCCAGGCGAUGUCUUUGCUGGAAGCAUGCUUGCCCGCGACGCUUUUGUCGCGUCGCAAGAGCUGCUCCUCGAGGCGUACGCUACUGCUGACGCCGUCCUGCCGCGCGGCGUCGAUUCCAACGCGCCGCCUCGCGGCUUUCCUGUCCAGCUCCACCUCGAACCGCUCACCUCGCGGCGAGCAGUCGAGCUGGUGGCUGCUGCUGGGUGGGAGACGUGGCUCCCGAGCACUGCUGAUGAUGAUGCUGAUGAGUUUUUCGGCGACUCGGCGCCUCCGCACCAGCUGGCAAGCACUGCGUGCACGCGUGCGCGGCAGACGAUUCAGACCGCCGCUGAGUCGUAUGGCGAUUCGGCGACUGCCUCACUCUCGCUCAAUCGUCGGUUCAUUCCCGAGUACCCUGAUCUGCGGAGUACCGCAAGUGAGUCGGCCGACACCCCGCUCUGGGUCGUUCCGCGCGCCGUCUUUUGCGAGGCGCAGAGUGCCGGCGAUUUGAACACCACCCGUAUCUACGUCCCGCUCAACGAGCUGCAGAUCUUUUCGCUCGUUGGCGGCAACGCCCGUGCUGCGCACUCGCGCGCCGCGCUGGAAGCUGCGCUCGGCCCAGGCUCGGUCCCGGCCCUCGGCGAUGGGCUCUACGGGUUUGGGUCGGCGGCGGCGGCGCUGCAGGCGGCGCUUCGCUCCUCGCAGCCGUGGGCCGCCCCCAGCCUCGUGUCAAGACUGCCGCAGCUCCCGAUCAAGGGAACUUCGCGUUGGAUUGCUGUGUUCUCGCUCUCGGCUUCGCGUGUGGCGCAGGUUGCCCAGCCAGGCGAGUAUGCCCACCUCGGCGUCGCCGCAGUCCAUGCUGUCGCGUCGUCGGCGUCGAGCCUGGUAGCCACCGCGUUCCAAGACGAGUUCUGGGCCGUUUUCGAUGAGUCGGCUCUCUCGCUCGCUGCCGUCGUCGCAGUCCAGGUUGCGACGGCUGUCGAUUGUGGUCUGGCUGUCGGCUCGGGCAUCGGCAGUCAUCCGGAUGUGGUCAAGGCCAUCCGCGCUGCCCAGCAUGCAUCUGUGCACCCGCAUGCCACGUCAUGGACACAGGCCCAGAUCGACGGCAGCGUCGGGCCGCCGCCGCUCGAGCUGGUCAGCGCCACCUCGCCGCUCCGCCCGAUAUCGGCCUCGCAUGUGGUCGGAAUUCCGUGGCAGCUGCCGUCGGCCCCGCCAACCUCCUGCGCCGGAGUUGUGACAACGUCGGGAGUCAGCCUUGUCUGCGCUGGUGCCAGUCUCUCUGGCACGGUGGUGGACAUGGUCGGGAGCUUUGAGCUACUCCUCCACUACACCAACACAACGAGAAGGGCGUUGACUAGCGCGUUUGUCUUUCCACUGGCUGCGGCAGGGUCAGCGGCGGUUGUGGGCUUCCAGGCCCAGAUCGGCGACCGGCUCCUGGUCUCAAGUGUCAAGCGCAAAGGUGCGGCGCGCGCAGCGCAUACAGCCGCGCAGGCUGCAGGCCAAGCCUCGAUGCUGCUGCAAGCCGACGAUGACGCCCAGGCUGCACGCGAGUUUCGGAUGGAGCUCGGCGCAGUUGCGCCGUCGACGAGCGUCUUUGUCCGCAUCGAGUGGGUCCAGGAACUGGAGCAGACCAGUGAUGCGGUGAGGCUGACUCUGCCGAGUUCGCUCUUUCCCACAACCAGAGCCCCGCCGCGGCUGCUUCUCGCCUUUGAGAGCCAGUAUCCGAUUCGCGACGUGAGCGCCUCGCCGCACUUUGCGGUGGCCAAACAGACCGCGUCCAAGCUGGUGGUGGCAUCGCCGCCGGACGCAGGGAGCUGGGCUGACGGUGACCUCUGGGUGACGGUCUCGUGCGAGCAGGCACACGCGCCGCGGAUGUGGGUGGAAGAGCUCGACGAUUCAAGCCGUCACCGCGCCGCGCUGCUUGCGUUCUAUCCGCGAUUUGACGACGAUGACUGGGUCGCCGACGAGACCCGAGCGGGCGCGGUUGCGCACGCACACUUUGUUCUUGCCCUCGACGCCUCGCUUGGUGACAAGAUAGAGCCCGCGGUCCUGCUCAUGCUAGAGGCGCUGCAGGCUGAGGCGGUGACAUCCGGCAAGGCCGCGCUCGUCGAGCUGGUCAUGGCGGGCGCGGAGGGUCGGUGCCCGGCGUGGAUCACGCCGCAGCCGCUGGCGCUUGGCCCGAACACGGUGCAGCAGCUGGUCCAUGCCGCGUCGAGCUCUCUUGUCCCGCUCGCGAGGGCACAGGCGCCGGGGAGCAAGCCGGUGGCGCUGGCGCCAGUCCUAGCCGGCGUGGUGGCUUUGGGCUCGCCGCGCGCACUAGCCCCGGGCGUACCGACAACUGUGGUGUGGAUCUCGAACGGGCACGCCCGCGAUGUUGUGGCUGCGCUUGCGGUGCUGGCAACGCCGCAGGCCUCACGGCUCCGCGUCCUCGGCGUCGGCUUUGAUGUGGCGCCCGGGCGGAGCGGCUCGGUCCUCGCGCCCGCGCUGGCCGGCGGUGGGGCCGGCGAGGUGCUGGACACGGCAACGUCGUCGCUGUGGCGGACUCAACUGGCGCGGCAAGCGCGGCGCGGCUUUGCUCGCUCGCUCCGCAACGUUGCGGUUGAGUGGCACCAGACCACGGAGACCGCUGGUGACAAUGCCAUCGGUCUGCUUCAGUCACCCCGGGUGAUGGGUGCGAUCUUUGAGGGCGAGCCUGUGGUGGUCUAUGGCUUUGUUGACUACUGCAUCCGUGCAUCGCUUCGUGGGCAGACGCCCGACGGCGACGCCUUUCACGAGGUUGUUUACACUCAGCCGCUGUCAUUCACCCGCGGGCGGACAGUGCAUGCGCUGGCGGCUGCGGCGCUCAUUAGCGACUGGGAGCACGGCCUUCUCGAUGUGGAUCCUGGCGUGCACCAGAGGCUGACCGCAGCGCUGGUCAGGCCGCUGGAGAAUCUCGCGCUGCGGUUCGGUCUUGUCUCGCCAUUUACGGCUCUGGUGGCUACCCAGGAAUCGUCGCUUGCGUGGGGUAGUCCUGUCCUCGAUCUGGAAGCCUGGCAUGCAACCGCAGCAUCGUACCAGGAUCCGCUGCCGUAUCUCGAGUGGCACAGUCUGCGGGGCAAUGAGCGCGAGGCCGAGCGUGGUCUCGGCGGCGCGCAAGUUUCGGCAGCGGAGACCGGUGGCAUGCUGUACAUGGCCGAGUCAAGCGGGAGCAAUGGCCGACAGCGGCUGGAUCUCGCGACGCUCUCGUCGGCGCUUGCUGCAAGCACCGACGACGGCGACAGCGUCGAGGUCAACGAGCUGAUGCUGACCGACGCCGAUAUCUCGGUUCUGGACGGGCUCAUCGCACAGACCGAGGCAAACGCGCCCGAGUUGCGGUCGCUUGACGUGUUCUGUGUCCGCGAUGAGCGCAACGAGCGCCGACGCGCGUUGCAACGCGAGCAGCUCGCCUCCCACGCCGUCGCCGAUGCACCAAUGUCGGCGCCGGUGAGUGGCCUGGCCUCGGGGCCAGUUGCGCAGCCGCGCAACGCAGGGCAGGUGGCCCCCAGGAAGGAGGAGAAGAAGAAGAAGCGGCCUGGCAAAAGGGCAUCACGCUCGUCCGUGUCGGCAGCACCCCAAGCGCCACGCGGCGGCUACGCGAUCGUCGACGAAGAAGGCGGCGAGGCGGCUCCGGAGGAAGACGACAUGGCGAGUGCUGCAGGCAGUGCAAGUUUUGGUGGACAGACGCGACCCCAGCUCGCGCCGCCACAACCGGCACGCCGGCGGCGGCGGCGGAUGCGGCGUGACAACAACCAGAACAGCUCGAUUUUCCAAGCCGAAGCUGAUGUGGCUCGCGUCCAGGAUGCCAUGCUAAGCAACAUCGACAACUUGUUGGACCGCGGAGAGAGCAUCGAUGUGCUGAUGGAGCGUUCUGAGCAGCUGGUCGAGUCAAGCCAGGUCUUCCUCAUGCGGGCGUCGCGGAUGCAGCGGCCGCUGCUGCCGGCGGUGGCCUUGGGGCUUGUCCUUGGUCUAGCUCUGUACUGCCUCGUUCGCGCGCUUGUUCUGGCAUUUGUCCCUGUGCAGCUGAUCGAGUGCGUGCCAAGCAGUGUCACGUUGCUCGUGGAAUGGCUCGACUGGGCCACGCUGGUCGGUCCUACGAGCAGCGUGCUGGGCUGCUGGGCGUGGUCCGCAAUGACAAGCGCCGGGAACGUGGUCUGGUCUGGCUUGGCAGUUGCGGCACCGUGGUGUGUUCCGCCUGCUAUCUCGUCGGAGUUGAUGUGCACGACGCUCCUGAUCGCGAUUGGCGUGUUUCACUGGGCACUGCUUGUGUUUGGGCGCGACCGCGUGACAGAUCGCGACAACGCACACUUUGACACGCUCUUUGUCGGGCUGGCCGGGUGCAUCCUGCAUCCGAUCUCGCUGCGGCUUGACCCGGGCGCGCCGUGGCGGACAGGAGCGGCUUUCAGGUUUGACGCAAGCUUUGCGUUCACCGCGGCCUGGUUGUGCUGGUGCGGAGUAGUGGCCGUCCUGGCACAUGCCGGUAGACUGCGGAGAGUCCGCUCGGCACAGAUUUUGCUGCACGGCUUGUCGUGGGGGGUGGCGCUGGCGUCAAUGGUCCGGGCUGGAGCGCUGGCAAUGCGGUUCCAGAGGUCGGUCCCGUGGAUGGGGCUGGCAUGUAUUUCUGUGUGGAGCUUUGGCACGUUCUUGGGUCUUGUCGAGGGGCGAAAGCUGAAGGAUCUGCUGCCGUCGCGAGGCGCGCCGAUGUGGAUCCUGCCUGUGGUGUCAAUGGCAGGCACAACGUGUGUGCUCGCGGGUCUGGCCGCGCUUAGCAUCGGGCUUGGCCGCGACGUUUCAGGCGCGGUUGCCGCGCUUGCGGUUGGUGCAGUAGCGGCGUCGUUUCCAACCCGGGCCGAUGGGGCAGCGCUGGCGAGCGUGAUGCCACUGGUGGCCGGCGUGCUUGCGUCUGGCGGCUGUGUCGGGCCGAUGCUCGCAGUGCGUUUUGCCGUCAGCGCCUCGGUGGUUUGGGCGUCGUGGGCGCUCGCCGCGGACGUGCUUGAGGAAUACGGUGACGACGGGCGACUGCGUGCAGCGCGAUGGAGUGGGGUGGCUGCAGUUGCGGCGGCGGCGUGCGGCGUUCUGCCGGUAGCAGCAGUGCUGGCUGUGUACGGCGCGACAGCGCUGGCUGUGGGCCCGCGGCAGAGCGAGCGUCUCCCAGCAGAACGUCGGGCUGUUGUGGCAAGUGCGACGGCGGGAGACGGGCUGGGAGAAGCACGUGCGCCACAGCUUGUGACUGCAGUCGUGGCAGCGGUCGACGGCGGGCUGCGGAGCGGCAUCGCGGUGCCCAGCAGCGCAGGCGGACGUGGGACGGUCGGCCUUUUGACGUACGCGCGGCGGGUUCAGGCUGCGAAGCGUGGUCGGCGCGUGGUGUGGAGCCCGGGCGAGUAAAGAGUGUCAGUCAAGAUCAGGCUCGUUGGGCCAGUCGACAAAGGCUCGGGCCGAG